AUGGAUCUCGAGGACCGCCCUCGUAUCUCUUUCAGCUCCCCAGAGUCCAAGCCCUCCCCUGCAACACUCACCAAACUCGUGAAGCGUAUUCGGGCACUGACUUUGACACUGUUGCCCGUCGAAGUCGAUCCAGAAAAGAUCAACGAACCGACAAGCCGCGUUAUAACCCCCAAGGUCAUAAAAGCCUACUAUGACGCUGCGGGUGAUUUCGUGGAGGCACUUCCAUACUGCCUCCUGCGCGCCAGGGCCGAAUUUAUCUAUGAUGCAAACCACAAUCCUGCAGACUACGGAGAAAACCUAGGGCGGGCAACCGCCUGUGAGGUUCUUGCCCGACGAAUAGUUCACAUGGUUCCAGAUGACACGCUCAACGAACUCGUAUCAACGCGUUUCCAACACAUUCAAGUUGACGGGGACAAGAGUGAUAUGUGUAGUGCCUUGGAAAUGGCUAUUGACACGCAUUGCACAAUUUUUCUUUCAUCAACGGAGGCUCAAGAUGUGGUCAACUUGUUGUGGCGUGGGGACAUCAUCCAGCAGAACAACGUCAACCACGACAUAGAAUAUGUCCAAUACUCGGAUACUCGGGCCACCGAGUCAUUCUUUGAGCGCUUGGAUCCUUCACGCAUGUCCGUACCUCGAUAUCAAAAUAUCAUCCGAAUAGUUGUCUGGUUGUUUUUCCUCUUCGUCUAUUCCCAAGCCGUUCGGCAACCUCUGGAGAGAUCGCAAGGUCCACGAGAACUGGAUGAAUGGGAAGUGACACUAUACACUUUGACAUUAGCAUUUCUAUUCGAAGAUUUAAAUCGGGUGUGGAAGCUUCUCAAAUUCGCGACUUGGAAAGUUUUCAACUUUUGGACAAUUGUCUCCCUCCUGACCGACGGAAUCCUUACUGCCGCUUUUGUUCUUCGUAUCAUCGGCAUGACAGGCCCCGAAAGCACAGCAGCACCUUGGCGAUUAAAGAGCUUCCAAACCCUCAGUUUCGCUGCACCGUUGUUAUGGAUGAAAAUAAUAACGAUUUUUGACGGCUACAAAUACGUCGGGAUGAUGCAGAUUUGUGUUGCUCGGAUGUUGCAGGAAUCUGGAAUCUUCUUCGCGUUAUUGUCCCUGCUCACGGUGGGCUUUGCUCAAGGUUUACAUGCGCUGGAUAUAUCCGAUGGGUCCGAAGAUGCACCAGAAACAAUCGCCAACGUCCUGAUACAAGCGCUAUUGCAGUCGCCGAACUACGACCAAUUCAAAGAUUCGCCUAUGGGUUUAUGGCUCUACUAUUUCUGGGGAAUCAUUACUUGUCUCAUCCUCCUUAACAUACUCAUCUCGCUGUUCUCUUCCGCCUAUUCUGAUGUCGUGGACGAUGCAGAGGCCCAAUACCUAGCUUUCUUCGCCAGCAAAACGAUUGGAAUGGUUCGAGCACCGGACUCGUACGUCUACCCUGCGCCAUUCAACCUCAUCGAGGUGUUUAUCGUCUCGCCAUUCGAACUAGUCCUCAGCCAGCACAGCUACGCCACGCUCAACCGCUACGUUAUGGGCUUCAUCUUUUUCUUCCCGCUCACCAUUAUCGCCUUCUACGAAGCUGUUCGGGGCGAUGCAGACAAGCACGUGUGGGUGAAGCGGUGGCUGACGGCCAACGAUGAGGGUGCGGAGGACCGACCGGAGAAUAGAGACCCACAGAUGGACGACUACAGCGACAACAACGAGACAGCGCAAGACGCGAGGGUGAUCAGCAAGGUUUCGUUCGACGAUCUCGUCAAGGCAUUUCCAAACACGAAUCAGUCCAGCGAGGCCUUGAUGUUGAAGGAGAUUGCCGCACUCAAGAAACAGCUGGCGCAGGUGCUGGAUUUGUUGGACGCGAAGACAGACACGAGUGGUAGUGCAAUCAGCGCAAAGACUGAGACAUGA